CUUUCUUGGGUAUUGAGGGCGCUAUGUAAAGUAUGGCGGACUGUGAAGAUAACAGAUCUGCUGAAAAUCAAGAAGAUUCAAGACUAGAAUUAACUACUUCUAAUACUUACAGGUUGACACUAAUAGAUGAUUAUGAAAGUGAUGGUGUCUUUGAAAAUGAGGCAGACCUACUUGGGAACACAAGUUUUGACAAUGUACAUUUUAUAGCACAAUCCCCUGAAUCAGCACAGAGGAAAGAGAAUGAAACGGAAAAAGAAGAAGACACUGCACUUGAGGCCGAUACAGCUGACCCAGAUGUUGUGAAUAACGAAAAUUAUGAAAGCAUGGUUCUCGAUGAAUCCUCUGCAGGGCCAUUACUUCAGGAGUCAGACUCUGAUUACCGAGAUAAGAAUGACAGAUGCGCAUCGAAGCUUCUUGAUAUAUUAGACGAGGAAAUUAGCAAAAACAGUAAUCAAAGGCAAAACAAGAAUGAGAAGCAGAAUGAAAAAAUACCAAAGAGGAAGAAGAGGAAAGGCGGUGGACGCAAACUGCCACAAAUGCCUCCACCAAGGAAUGUACAGGAUGACUUAGAAAGUGCUAAUGUAAAGCAGUCCAAAAAUACAUCUCCAAAACUAUCUACAACUCCACUUUCCAUUGGCGGUACUUCCAACGAUUCUCCUGCAGAGAACCAAUCAGCGAGUUCCUUAGAAAAUGAACCAUCAACGGUAAUCAAGAAUAGGCCAAGAAAAUUAUGCUGUAACUACCAAUCUGAUUGGAGCAUGAGUCCAGACUAUUCCAUUUCUUCUGAGAGUAGAACCAUAGAGUUCAAUACUACAAGCUCAAUAAAUCGACCAUUGUUGAAUAGUGAUAACGUGUACAUAAAUGAGGACAGAAGUCCAGAGAUGAAACCACCUCAGAGAAAGAAAUCAAAUACUGGCUUCAAAGAUGAAACUAUUUUUACAGAGAGUCCAGAAGUUGGUCGGAAAGUUUUUAGGCCUACGACACUGAGUCUCAAUGGAUACGUGAUCUCACAGACACAUAAAGCAAUAUUUCGCUUCAUUCCACGGCACCACGAUGAAUUACUACUUGACAUUGGUGACCCUGUGCACCUAGACAAAAAAUCCAAAGACCUUUGGUAUGAAGGAAUCAACCUGAGGACCGGGAAAGAAGGAUGCUUUCCAGGGCAAUAUGUCCGUGAGGUGACCCCUGACACAGAGACAGAACCAGGAAUGAAUGGAAAGAGAAUGUACGUGAAUAGGUUUCAUCUAAAGUUCCUAGGGUCUGUUGAGGUACCCACUCACAAAGGGAAUGACAUCCUCUGUAAGGCUAUGCAAAAGGUGGUCACAGCAAGACACGUAUCAGUAGAGAUUUAUAGCCCCGCCCCUUGCCAGCUAGAGAUAAGCGACAAAGGAAUUCGUAUGAUUGACUACACUAAAGAAAAUAAGAAUAAUCAGAAAAAGGAUACCAUGAGGAAAAAAGUUGGUAAAUUUCUCUCCGGGAAAUCCAGACAAGGGAAGACUCACUUCUUUUCUUUAAAGAACGUUUCUUUUUGUGGCUACCAUCCUGCUAAUGAUAGGUACUUCGGUUUCAUCACUAAACAUCCUGCGGAGACACGAUACGCCUGCCAUGUCUUCAUCACAGAUGAGGGAGAAAGUGCUAAGCCAAUAGCAACAUCUCUAGGAUUCGCAUUCCAGCGGUUUUACGAUGAAUUCAUAGAAUUUACUAAUCCAACCGAGGACAUUUACAUGGAAUGAAGUUCACAAGGAAUCCUAGAGCAUUGUGUGAUCAUAUUUCAUUGUGGGUUGUGUCCAGUAUUCUAUUUUAUGCUAAUUUUACCUAUAGCUAGCCAUUGAGGCUGAGUAAAGCCAAUCGUGUGAGAGCGGUUGGCCAAGGGCAGCUUUUAGUACUGUCUUUCUAAGAGAAUAAGUGUAUACGUGGUAGGUUUUAAUUGCCAUUGCCCUGUAACGUUAUGUAAUAACAGCCAGUUGAGUAUACAUUCUAUAGCCAUAUGUUGCAAUGACAGGGCUAAUAAUGUGAAGCAAUUUGAGCCCUAAACAUUAGUUUGAGUUACAUGGUAAUAAUAAAUGAAUGUAUUUGUAGUGUCCUCAGUAAAAGGAUACAGUAGCCUGCCUAAAAGUAUUUUCGUCUAAAUGCCUGCUAGAUGGAAAAGUCAUUGUGUUAUAUUACCUUAUUCAGACUAGUAUUAGUAGCAUCGCAUUGUGAUCGGUUUUAGCAAUUGUGACACCCAAUCACAAUUUAUAAUCGUGUGUGAAAGCUCACUAAUAAUAGUCAAUAUAAUCGAUAUCGCAAAUGUUACCUGUUGCGAUUGGGUGCUACAAUCUUUAUUACUUCCGAUUACCAGGGAAGCGAAUGACUACAAAUUUCACAGGCACUGAUUUGCUGCGAUCAGUCAAAGUAGGUUUAGCCAUCGGAGGCUUAGUACCAUUUGACCUCCUGUUCCAAUAUAAAGUAUUUUGUGUCUGAUUUGGUCUGAAUGCGCUAGUUGAUUGCGAUUGGGAGUAAUCAGUUUUGAAUUACCACCGAUUACAUCUGAAUCUGAAUAGGGUAUAAGGUGGUCUCUGAUAGACAUUCUGUGUGGUUCAAAUGUAAAUCUGGUGAUUGUUUGAAUCAUGAUAUGUACAGUAUAUUCAUCUGUAUUAUUAUUAAUUUCAUCAAAUAUUUUGCCAAGAAAAUUUGAAACCCAAUAUUAGUAAUUAAAUCUUCUGAAGCCUUACCAAGGCUUUAAAUCUAUAUAAAGCUUUCUAGUAUAUAAGAAUUUUAUUGUGCAAUAUUUGUUAUUCCAUCCAUGGUAUGUUUCCAUUGUUAUUAAUUGAUACCAAAUUCUUUAAACAACAUUAUCACCUUGGUUCUAUUAAUUUAGUAUUUGUUCUUAUUUUAAUUUCAGGGAUAUUCAUAUCUUAUAUAAAUUACCUUUUUGCAUUAUGCUGAUAACAAUUUCCAUUUUAUGAUAAUACCUUUAACUAUUUCAGCAGUAUAACUGCAAAUUAAUGUUUUCAGUAUUAAACCAGAAGUUUAAAGCUAAUGAAAUGUCAUUAUUAUAGCAAUAAAAUAGUAUUCUUUCUUUAAAGAUAUACUUUAAUUGAAUUUGUAUACUUUUCACCAUUAAGUUAUUGCAUGAGGUACAUUCCUAUUAGAGUUUUAUGGUUGUAGAUGCAACAUUUGGUACUCAACCAAUGCGGCAUUGAGAAAAUCUAUUACUGUUUUCCACAGGCUAUGUAACAACUGUAAGGAAAAUAAUGAGAAAGAGCACACUGAGACGUAGUUGUAUAGUGUGCUGUGUAAAUACUGACAUAUUAUUUAUAUUGAUCUGAUCCAGAGAAAUUAGCUAUUUCGUAUAUAUCAAGUUGUUGUAAAGUAUUAUAAUUUGUCUUCUAUUUCACCUUUUUAAGCUGGGUUGUCUCUUGUGUAAUAUAUUUGGUGCCUUUUUCCUUGCAGGGUUUGUACAUGUGCUGUAUUUGCAGGGUGUAAACAUGAUGUCUUCCUUUCAAUUGCAUUUCCCUUGUCGAUAUAUUUCUAAAUAGGUUUGUGGGAGAGGUUGAUGGUAUAAAUUAUCAACCACUGUUCUGAGAACUUGAUGUCAAAAGAAGUUCAGAUGCUGAUAUAGCAAUUUGAAUAAGCAGUUUAAAAAAUGCUGAAAAAUGUUUUGGGAGUUUAGAAAAUUUUGGUACACAUUGGUCGUGUACAAGCACUAAGAAUACUGUAGGAAUUUUAUUUACUUUUAAGAUUUUUGGCCACACUCCCAUUGCAGAGGGGUGUUACAUUUUGAGUCAUGUAUCGGAGGGUGACAUGCCUUAAAUUGCUAAUACACCGUGCAAUGUUGUUUUGGUUAGUAUUCAAGUGUCCUGUGAGACUAGGUUCAUGGUAUAAUUUCAUCUGUUUCCUUUCGUUGUUGUCAAGCGCAUCAAGGUUGGUUCAGCGGGAGGCGCUAUGCUAUACAAAUAGCAAAUUAUUAUUUUUAUUAUUAUCAUUAUUAUUAUUAUUAUUAUAUCACUCACAUAAUUAUUGCGAUGUCAUCAAUCUGUUUCAUAAGGUUAAGUUUGGGGAAGCCGCUAAAUUUCAGGCCCCUAAUAGUUAAGCGGCCCUAUAAGGAGCAGUACUGCCAGGUCAACAAGGGCUGUUCUUCCUCUUGAGGGUAAAGCCUUUGUUCCUCCACCCCAACUACCCACUUUGGCAGCACUUAGGUACAGUAGUACCAAGACUAAACACAAGCUACUUUCACAUCUUUCAAUUUUAGUUUUAUUUCAGCGAUAAUGAUCAUUUCAUAAUUUCUGUAAAUAUCGAACAUUAUUAUAUGGCUGUGAUUGAAGUGACGUGUAUUAUGUACAUUAUUUGAUAUAUCAAUAAGAGAUUUAAAUUUGAUGUGUUUAACUCAAUUCCUAUAAUGAUCAUGUGCAGUUGUAUUCCCUUUAUGCGGCUUCGGUCUCUAAUUAAAUAAUUAAUAAAGAUAAGACAUUUUGCUAAUAUGGGACCACAGAAAAGUGGUCUUUAUUUGGAGGGUUAUUUAAUGGAGGGAGACCUGUAUUUCUUAAAAGCUUAUCCAAAUAUUUUUUAUUCAUUUUGAUUCACAUUUGAAAAUGUAUGUUAAAAACAUUAAGUAGUAUUGUUUUUAUUAAAUAAUUUUAAAACAGCUUUUACUUUUCAUUUUUAAUUAGUCAAGUAAUUAUAUGUUCAUUGUGAUUCCAAUUGAUUAAAAGUAAUGUAAUUUUUUAGUUUAAAACUUUUUGUUUCAUGGAAAUUCUCAUUUGAACUUUAGUUUUAAUAACAGAUGUGUCUCUCUGUUUAACAGCUUUGUAGUGAGUAUAUUCACAAGAUGAUAUUGAUUUUAUUGAAAUGUUGUAAAAUACAAAUUAUUAGAUUAAGUAUAUAGAUUGUGACCAAACUUUUCAUUUUCUUCAGUCAGGUAGUAUAUUUUCUUUAUAUUGUUUAUCAGUAAAAUUUUCAAGCUUUAAAAUAAUUUCUUAUCAUUGAUGUGGAUCCCAUAUUUCUUUCUAAUGGUGCUUUUUAUAUUAUAUAAAGUUUUCCAAACUAUUCGCUCAUCACUGAACAUAGCUAAUAUUUUAUUAUAUGUAAAGUAGUGUAUAUACCCAUCUCUUCCUUUUGUCUACCACAUACUGUAUUUGAAUUCUAGCUAGAGCUUUAUAUAUGUGUAUUUUCUUAUUUUAAAUAAAAAAAAAAAAUUAUGCCAUUUCUAUCAGGGGCGGAUUUGCGGAUUUAGGGGGCGGGGGGAAGGCCAGCCCUUUUUGGGAAGUAAAAAAAAAGAAAGAAAAAGGAAAAAAUUAAUCACCCAAAAAUGCCUCAGAGGUUAUUUUCUGGCAUCUAGAAUGCAUGUUGUCUAAAUCGGCCCUACUUUUGGCCCCCCACCCCGUUUUUGGACACCUGGAUCUGCCCCUGUCCUUUAUUUAUAAUGUAUUUAUCUCUAUGACUAUGUCUCUUACAAAGAUUAUUCUCUAAUAUAGAGUGAAUAAUUUCCAAUGUUUAUUUCAGACUUUUCUAUGACCUUAAAACUUAUAAUGUGUAAAAAAUACAAAUAUACACUUUCCUUCCCAUCUACUCCAUUCUACUGUGCAAUAAAAUCAUUUUACCAGUAAGCCUUCUAAUUUAAUCAAGGCAUUUGUUAGAUUUUACUGUAUUUUUUUUCACAAAACCAUUAACGCACACUGUCACAAACUGCCUAUUCUUGAUUUAGAUUUUGUCUUGUUUUUUGCUAGAAUAUUAAGCAAUAUUUUACAUUCACUUGGUGAUAUUCUUCCUGAUAUACAACUCUAUUUACCAGUUAUUGAUUGUGGUAAGGUUAAUAAUUGUAUAUGUUAUAUGUUUUAAUAUGUUGAUAUUAUACUCUAUUUCAUUAAUGAUUUGCUUUAUUUCAUUUAUGUUGUGUCAAAUAUAAUAAACUACCAAAAAAAAACAAAAAAAAA